AACUAUUCUAAGUUUCAUUAAAAUAACAUAUCACUUGAAGGACUAUAUAAUAACAACGUACCUUCUGGUCGUUCUCAUUAUCUUCUCCCAACAACACCUCGAAACCAAAAAGAAUUUGCUUCAUUCCUCAAAACCAAAAAAGAAUUUGCUUCAUUCAAGAUCUUGAAGAUGGGAAUAAAAGUUUCAUCAAAGAUCAAAAGGAUUCUUGCAUCUAUAGCUUCGGCUAGUAGUUCAAGUCCCAAAGAAGAAGAUGAUGUCGAUGUCCGAGAAGAAUAUGCAAACGCCUUCCGUACAGAAUCAUACAAUCAGUUUUGGACACGAGUCAUACAUUUAAGCCGUAAAAAAUCCACCGUGUCUUCUUCCUCAUCAUCACCAAUCGAAUCAUCCUCCACAGCAGCUCGUCUCAUGUCAUAUCGCCUCUUCGCACACAAUCUCCUAGACCCUGAUCCGAAUGCCAUAACCCGGAUACUGGAUGUAUCCCGGGUUGGACGAUCCACCCGAACUCUUCUCUCUAAUUACUUCUUGGAGACCGCAAACGCUUUCUUGCUUUGCACGCUACUACUUAAAAACAUUCAUCGCCUCCGUUCUAAAUACGAGUCUUUAAAACCAAAGUUUCAAACAGAGAAUCAUAGUUCAUUGGCUCUUAUAGACCAGUUCACCGAGCUAUCAAGAUGGUUCGACCCGUUUAUCUCGUCGGGUUCUCGGAUCCAGCUAAUCAGAUGCGGCUGUCUAGACUUGCUAAAACGGUUAGAGUCCAGCCGAGACAAGACACGAGCUAAGCUCAAACUCAUCAACGGACUAACUCAUAGCUCAGGGCUCCUCGUUCUGGCUCUAACCACUACAUUGAUAGUAACCAUAGCCUCUCACGCCUUUGCUUUGUUUAUAGCCGGUAAAUCGGUUGACUCAUAA